GAAGCACGCAACCCCCCAACCCCAACGUCUAUCUCAGCAACACCAACAAAACAGCCACGUUCAAGAUCAUUCUCAGGAGACAAAGUUGCCACGUCCACGUCCAACUCGCGUCUACCUAGGUAUACAGCUCCUUGCUCCUCUCAAACACCACAAUCGCAAUCAUGGCCAGCGGCGGCAAGCACGUCGUCUUCGACAUUGUUGGGACAUGUGUCGGCUACGAAGCCUUCUUCGACAUCCUGGACGCCCGCAUCGGUGACCGCCUCCGCGCACACGGCAUCAGCCCCAAGAUCUUCGGCUUCUCAUGGAUGGAGUGCGCCGAGCGCGAGUUCACCUUCCUUGACCUCUCAGGCCGAUACAAGCCCUUCUUCCCCAUCUUCAGACCACUUUUCUUCCGUGUGCUCGGCCAGGUGGGCAUCCCGAAGCCUAGGGAGCUCUUCAGCGAGGAGGACGCCGAGGUGUGCGCCGAUGGCUACAAGGCGCUCAAGGCGAGGCCCGGCGUACAGGAGGCGUGGCAGAAGCUCAGGGACGCGGGUUUCACGGUCUGGGCCCUGACGACCGGCGACAAGACACGGGUCAAGGGCUACCUUGCUGGUGCGGGUCUGCAUUGCCCUGACGAGAACUUCUUCACGUGUGACGGCCUGGAUGUCAGGAAGCCUGUGCCGGCGGCUUACGAGUUCGUGCUUAACCAGUUCAAGGGCGCUGAGCAGACUUGGUUUGCCGCUGCCCACAUGUGGGACGCGUCAGGAGCAAAGGCGAACGGAUUCAAGGCGGCUUGGUGCUCAGUAUGGGAAAUCGAGCCAGUGCCUGAGGUCUUUGGUGAAGUCGAUGUGGUUUCGGACAGUUUGGUUGAGAUGGCAGAGAAGAUCAUCGAGGCGUCCAAGAAGUGAAAGACACAAUUCGAUGAAUGUACC